AUGACGAGGAAAGCUGCGUGUGGGGAAAGGUGCAUUCCUGUGACCUGGCUCUGCAAUGGACAGCAAGAUUGCCCUGAUGGGAGUGAUGAGCAGUGUGCUGCCAACACCCUGACAAACACCUCUUCCUCUCUGCCUCUCGAACACUACCCCCGGCCCGCAGAGGAAGUGUGUCGUGGACACCCACGGGCCUGGCAGUGUGACAAUGGGAAGUGUAUUUCUGUUAGCUGGCUCUGUGAUGGCGCAGGGGACUUGCCUGGACGCUCCGAUGAGGUUAACUGUGAGGUCUCCACGGCAUGCCCUGGCCAGAAAGUCAGGUGUCCGGGACAUUCUCAGUGUCGCGAGGCUUGGGAACUCUGUGAUGUCCACGCGGACCGUGGAGAUGGGCUCGAUGAAGCAUGCUGCUCCCCAAAGCGCUGCCUGGUGGGCCAGUGGCGGUGCAGGAACCAGGUGUGUGUCACGGAUAGCUGGAGGUGCAAUGGGGUCAAUGACUGUGAGGACUUCUCAGACAAGGACGCCUGUGCCUCCUGUCCAGAAGGCAUGGUUAGAUGCGAUGAAGGGAAAUGCAUCCUGGAAUCCCUGAUGUGUGAUGGGGAGGCAGACUGUGCGGAUGGUGCUGAUGAACCCACUACAUGUGGGAAAAACUGCUCCCUGGCUAAUGGGGGCUGUGAGAGGCAGUGCAGGGACACCACCUGGGGAGUCCAGUGUUCGUGUGGAGCUGGGUGGCGGUUACAGCCGGACGGGCAGAGCUGUGCAGAUAUAGAUGAGUGCUCCAAGGCCUACGGUCCCUGUGGUCAGCUAUGCCGUAACGUCCCAGGCUCUUACUCCUGUGCGUGUGUUCAAGGUCACCAGCUCUACAAUGGUACCAGUUGUCGAGUUACAGAUGAUGCUGUUAAAAUUCUUAUAGCUGCAGACAGAGAACUUGGUGUCCUGGAUCGAAGAACAGGCCUCUAUGAGACUCUGAUACCUAUAAAAUCGAGGCCUACUUCUGUUGCCUAUGAUCUUGAGAGAAGCAUGUACUUUUGGGGGGAUGAAGUCUUACAUGUGUUCAUCCUUGGGCAGCCAAACUCGGUUCCUCUCUAUCCAGAACUUAAAACCGUGGACAGCAUCUCUUUGGACUGGCUCACGGGGCAGUUGUAUUGGGGUAGCAGCUUCGUGAGGGUCAUCGGUGCUGGCUUGAGUGAUGGCAGAGGCUACGUCAAGAUCUUGGAAAAGGAUCUGGUGCCAGAGCAGCUAAUCGUGUUUCCCACGAAGAAGUCCUUGUUUUGGGUAAAUCGUGCUAAGAAAGGCAGGAGAACUAUCGAAGCUGCGGGGAUGGACGGCUCGGAUCGGAAGGUGCUCACAGCCGUCCACAUGGAGGAGCCUGUGGGACUGACGCUUGACUACGUGGCCGGCCGGCUCUACUGGAUCAGCGAAUGUAAAGAGAUAGCAGUUAGAGAAUGUAGGGAAAGGACUUGGUACAAUGUCUGGAUGCAGACAGUAAGAUAUAGAAGCUACUUAUACAACGUACCUGUGACCCCAGCCAGUCCAACCACUGGCUUUGGCCUUAGCGUCCGUGGAUUCUAA